ACGAACGGAGCGGAAGCAGGAAGUGUAACAUCUGUCAGUGUGGACAGGUCGCGUGAAGAUAUUUAACAAUGUUUUCAUGACUUUGAACGUUACGGGUUGCUUGCACGCUCAUGAAACAUGGCUUGCUUUUUUAGAAGGAAGAUUGCUGCGAAGCUGGCUGAGACGCUGCAGCACUCCGAGGACGCCUUCAUACCUGCUCUGACUGCGGUUCCCGUAUUCAAGAAGCAGCCCACGGCUGACUUCAAGCUGUCACUUGGAACAUUACGAAUCAACGGGAUUCUGCCUUCCAGUGGGGAUAUUCAGCUGCAGACCGAAAACCUGGCUGCGCAGCUGAAGCCAGACAGCGUGGUGGAGGACAUUUCAGCUGGAGACGCCUCGAUUAAUUUUAAAAUAAAUCGCAGCCUCCUUGCAGAGAAACUGUUGGAGCCAUUCGGGAAAGGCGAGCAUUAUGAGUUUGGGCUAAAUAGUAAACUUUUUGACUCUUUGAAGAGAGGGACCACAUUAGUGGAGUUCAGCUCACCAAAUAUCGCUAAAAGGUUUCAUGCUGGCCACUUGCGUUCAACAAUUAUUGGUAACUUCAUUGCCAACCUGAAGCAAUCCCUUGGUAACAAUGUUAUCCGAAUGAACUACCUCGGAGACUGGGGCAUGCAGUUUGGUUUGUUGGGAGCUGGGUUCAACAAGUUUGGGUGCAUGGAAAAGUUAAAGCGAAAUUCAUUACAGCAUUUGUUUGAGGUUUACGUUCAAGCCAACAAAGAAGCAGAGCACAGCGAGGACUUGAAACAAGCGGCUAAAGACUUCUUUAGACAGCUGGAGCAGCAUGAGAGCCAGGCCGUGUCAUUGUGGCAGCAGUUCAGGGACAUCACAGUGAAGGAGUAUAAGCAUAUGUACAAGAGGUUAGGAAUCCACUUUGAUGUGUACAGCGGGGAGUCCUUUCACCAAGACCAAGCCCAGGAGGUGGUCCGGGAGCUGCAGAGCCAGGGUCUGCUGAAAACCUCAGAGAAGGGGACUGGCGUGAUCGACCUCUCUCCAAACGGAGACAUGAGCAACAUCUGUACGCUACUCCGCAGCGAUGGAACCACCCUCUACAUCACCAGAGACAUCGCUGCAGCCAUCAGCAGGAAGGAGGAGUACUGCUUUGACGAGAUGAUUUAUGUGACAGACACAAGCCAGGAAAAUCACUUCAACCAGUUGUUCCAGAUUCUCCUGAAAAUGGGAAAUUCCUGGGCUGGAAGGUGUCGGCAUGUGUCCUUUGGCUUGGUGCAAGGCAUGAGGACCAGGACGGGUAAGGUGGUGUUUCUGGAGGACGUGCUGGACGAAGCGCAGGCCAGGAUGCUCCACAACAUGAACCAGUCCCCCACGACGAAGGAACUGGAAAACCCGGAGGACACAGCCGAGAAAGUGGCAAUCAGCGCGCUGAUAGUUCAGGACUUUAAAGGGCCUCUUCAGUCUGGAUAUAAAUUCGACUGGGCUCGGACGCUGCAGGCUCAGGGUGACACGGGCGUUUUCCUGCAAUACACACACGCCCGACUAUGCAGUCUAAUGCGGAGGAAUGAAGGUGUGGAGACAGCUACGUUCAACCCCUCCUGCCUAUGUGAGCAGACGAGUAGAACAAUCCUCCAGCACCUCCUUCGUUACGAUGAGGUGUUGUAUAAGUCGCACCAGGACCUGGAACCCAAACACCUGGUCAACUUUUUACUGAAGCUGUGCCACUUGGUCGCUGCGGCACACAGAGAGCUGCCGGUGAAAGGAAGCCCUCCGGAUGUCGCACAGGCCCGGUUACGACUGUUCAGUGGAGCACGCUUGGUUCUGGCCGGCGGGAUGAGGAUACUGGGCAUCACACCAGUUCAAAAAAUGUAAACUUUAUAUUUUAAGGUGCGUGAUAAAAAGGUCCUAUGUUUUCUAAAUAAAAUGACACAUGCAGACUCCUUCCGUCGUGUCUAAGAUUUAAUACAUUUUGAGAGAACAUUCAAAACACAAUGCAAGUGGUACAAAAGACACGUAAAAGGGUCAAUAAAAAGAAUCAAAGACGCA